CCUCCACUAAUGAACACUCUAUCCAAACACGAGCUGCUACACAAGAUGAUGGUGCUAUUCCCACCCAAGUUGAAGCAGCUGCUACUGCUGAGUUGCCCCCAAUUCCACCAUGCCAAGUGAGUAUGACAAUUCCUGUUAGGUAGGAAAAAGUCAGUUGUUUGGGACCAUUUUGAAAAAAUUAAGAUAGGAAAGGGUGAUACUAGUAAAACUAAGGCUAUUUGUAAUUAUUACCAAAAAUUGUAUAAUGCUGAUAGUAAGAGUUAUGGUACUAGUAAUUUGUUAGCUCAUGUGCCAAUAUGUUCCAGGAACCCUAAUAGAGAAGAUCUAGUUAAAGGGCAGAAAACAUUAGCUUUUGAACCCAAAAAGGAUGGAGAAGAUGGGUUCCAGCUUGUGUCAACAACCUUUUCUGUUGAGGCUUCUAGAAAGGCAUUGGCCGAAAUGAUUGUAAUUGAUGAGUUGCCUUUUAGGUUUGUCGAGGGAUAUGGGUUUAAGAAAUAUGUAACUACCUUACAACCUAAGCUUCGAUUAAAGGAUAUCCCAUCUCGUCAACCUGUGGCUAGAGAUGUGAUUGGCAUUUAUAAUAGAGAGAGAGAGAAGUUAAGGAAAUCUUUGAAGGGUUGUAGGGUGUGUCUCACUACAGACACAUGGACUUCUAUUCAAAAUUUAAAUUAUGUGUCUCACAUGUCAAUUUAUUGAUGAUGCUUGAAAAUUUCAUAAGAGAAUAUUAAAUUUUUGUCAAGUCGAAGACCAUAAGGGGGAGACUAUAGGUAGAAAGAUUGAGAUGUCUUUGCGUGAAUGGGGUAUUGAUGGGAUAUUUACUUUGACAGUGGAUAGUGCUAGCUCAAAUUUAACAACAAUUAAAUUUUUGCAAAGGGUGACCAAAGAUUGGAAUGGGACAAUUUUAGGAAAUGAGUUCAUGCACAUAAGGUGUUGUGCUCAUAUCCUAAAUCUGAUUGUGGGGGAGGGUUUGAAAGAGAUUGAUGCAUCUGUUGCUAAGGUGCGUGAAGCUGUGAGGUAUGUGAAGUCCUCACCCAAUAGAAAUCAAAUGUUUAGAAGUUUUAUGGAGAGAUUAGGUAUGGAGUCCAAGAGUCUUCUUUAUCUAGAUUUAACUACUAGGUGGAACUCGAGCUAUCUCAUGUUAAAAACUGCUGAAAAUUUUGAGAAAGUAUUCCUUCGAAUGGAUUUUGAAGAUGAUGGUUAUUCGUCGUACUUUAGGACCAAGGAAGAUAGUGGUGGUUUGGGAUCUCCUUGUAUGAGUGAUUUCCAAAAUUGUAGGGCAUUUGUGACUUUCUUAAGGCUUUUUUAUAAUGCAACGAAGAAGUUCUCUGGUUCUUUGUAUGUUACUUCAAAUGCCUUCUAUGAUGAGAUCUUUCUUAUUCAGGAGAGUAUUUCUAAUUUAGUUAAAUCCCAAAACACUCUCUUGAAAAACACAACCACAAACAUGCAAACUAAAUUUGAGAAGUAUUGGGGGGAAGGGGAGAAAAUUAAUCCUCUUUUGUAUGUGGCUGUGGUUCUUGAUCCAUGAAAACAAAUAAGGUUUUUGAAGUUUUCUUUUUCUAAAAUUUAUGGGAAUGCAGUGGCGGAAGUGAUGGUUGAUAAGGUGAAAGAUCUUUUGUAUAAGUUGUAUAAUUUUUACUCUUCUAUUCAUUCACCAAAUAUGCAAGAACAAAGUGGGAGUAAGAGGGCAAAAUUGGAAAGUGAUGCUAGUGAUCCAUAUGUCAUAGUUCACUUGCGAUAUGAACAUUUAUUGCAAGUUGGGCAAUUUGUAGGUUGUAAUAAUGAGGUUGAAAAGUAUUUGGCUGAAAACUGUGAUGGUAGAAAGGAUGUGAAUUUUGAGAUAUUGGAGUGGUGGAGGGACAAUUGUAGUAGGUACCAAGUGUUGUCUAAAGUUGCUAAGGAUGUGUUGGUUGUACCAGUUUUCACUGUUGCAUCUGAGUCAGCAUUUAGCACUGGAGGCCGCAUUAUUAAUCCAUUUUGAAGUUCACUAUCUCCUCUCAUGGUUCAAAACCUUGUAUAUUCACAAAAUUGGAUUCAAGCCACAGUUCCAAUUUCUCAUCGCGUCAAGGGAUGAUGUAGAGGCAUUGGAGGAGGAGUUACUUGACUUAGUUAUAAAUCAGCAACCAACAGCAAGUGCAACAGCAAAUACUAGCUCAAGCAAGGGUUCCACUAUAGGCAAACGACCUUUAAUUAGCAUUGAUGAUUAAUCACUGACUUGGUAUGAUUCUACCUUUAGCCCCUUACUAUUAGAAACUUGGUUUCCUUACUAGUUGGUCUUAUAUUUGGUACUAAUGUAUUGUUUGUUGAAUAUAUUUUUGUCUAUUGUAAGAGGAUGGUCAUUUAUUUUGUAAAGAAGGCAGCUUUGUGGGAAUUUUUUGGAAGCUUUUUUUGGAUAUAUUUCUUUUCUAAGUUCUAACAAUACUCAACUGUCAAUGCUUAUAGAAAAGAAAUAUUAGUUCAUUGGUUUUCUUUUCUAUUAGUUAUAGACUUAUAAACUAUAGAGUAGUCAUUCAAUGCUUUGGAAAAGCUAUUUUUUGGAAAUAUCUAUGGUAUUUGAUUAUUGUAACUAAUUAUAUUGCUUGGAACGUUGUAUAACUAGCAAGCUUUCUGCCUUAUGGUUUACUGCCCAAAAAACUUGCAGUAACUGCCUCUAUGAUACUAAGUAUAUAUAUAUCCAUUAAUUGGAAUAUUGCAGUAUAGUAUUAUCUGUUGUGAUUUAUUUGUUGCUGGAAGCCUGGAAAUAUUAUUUGUUGUGGUUGGCAGGUUUAAUAGGUGUUGAGCUACUAGCCUACUUCCUAGGUGCUUAUUGUAUUGUUUAAUAGAUAACAUAUGAUAAAAUUAGGGUUUUUGUAGGUUGGGUUGUGCUAUCUUUAGUCUAUUUUGUUGUGUUUAUUUUUUGUAGUUAAUGUGGGAAAGAUUAUGUAUUUGGAUUGAUAUGUACUGCUUAGGUGCUUCUAUUGUUUCAGAGAUCAUAGGUGAUUAAAAAAAAAAAAAAAAGCUUUUUGGUGUGUUGAUCAUAGGUGAUAAAAAAGAAUAGGCUUUUUGGUGUGUUGUGUUGUGUUAUUAUGUCCACUGUCUAGGUUUAAAUUCGUGAGAAACUGCAAGAUUAUAUUGGUUUUGAUAUAUGCUAAAGGCCCAACAAGUCUAGUGUAGUUCAUAAUAUAAGCUAAGCUUGUGGCCCUAUUUUAAAAUAAAUCAAGAAAAAAGAGGCCCAAUUUAGGGAAUUCAAAAAAUAUGAAAUCAAUAGAGUUUUUUAAACUGUCAAACCGAGUAAUUUGGGCCAAAAAGGGCCCAAAAAAUGGAAUUAGGAUAGUUUUAACUAUGUCAAAAACUUCGGCCCAAUCUGAGGCCCAGACCUGACAGAUCAACAACUCUGACCCAGUCAACCAAUUACUCGAAACAUCGGAUUUGACCCGAAUAUUCAAUCGAAUACGGGUUCGAAAUUCAGCAACCUAAUCCAACCAGAUCGAGUUCGGUUUGGGCCCUAAACCGACCCGUGAACAGGCCUACCCGUAGGCCUAUUUUGUAGGUAUGACUUGCAUUAAUAAAUAAAUAAAUAAUUUGGUAGUUUACUAGUUCAGUCAGAAUUUUGACCGACCAUAUCUCCAUCAUCAAAACUUCAAUCAAAAUGACGACUUGUGGCAGAGACGGGUCCAAUUGGGGAGAAAUUAUUUGCUCCUCCCGGGUGGACCACUGACGUGGUCCUCCUGCUGAUAUGGACCAAUAAAAAGAAGCCAAGUAUUAAAAAAAAAGAUGAGUUAGCAACACACCUGUGCAAUACUACUUCAGCCUUUUAAAAUAACAAGAAUUUGAAAUACGUUGUUCACUUCUCUAAUCCAACUUCACCGCCUAGUCUAUUUGCCACUUCACCAAAAAAUUCUAAAACCCAAAUUAUUUUCUCACUGCCCAGCUCUCUUCUCUCCACCUCCUGCAUCAUUGAAGAACAAGCUCUAUGAGAUUAAAAUAACAAAACUUGAAAUACACUUUCACUUCUCUAAUCCUGCUUCACUGCCCAGCUUAUUUGCUGCUUCACCAAAAAUUCUAAAACCCAAAUUAUUUGCUCACCGCCCAGCUCUCUACUCUCCACCUCCCUGCAUCGUUGAAGAACAAGCUCUAUGAGAUUUUGAACUAUCUUUGUUCUUGGGUCUAACUUUUUCUAGCUUUUUUCCCUCUUUUUCCCCAUGACUGAAGUGGUUGCUGGAAUCCAAUGCUCACCAUCGCAACUAACCAUGGCUGAUCAAGAUAUUAGAGUCAAUGAGGAAGGUAUUGAAGAUAUUGAAACUUUGCUUGGAAUGGUGGUGCAUAGUGAGGAUGAAGCAUAUAAGUUGUACAAUGACUAUGCCAUUCGAAUUGGGUUCAGUGUUCGGAAAGAAAAAAUCAGAUAUGCAAAAAAUGUUGUAAGACAACGAGAUUAUGUGUGUUCAAAAGAAGGAUUCCCACGAGAUAGUGACAAUUUGGAUGAUAAGAAAUUCAAAAAAUUACAAACUAGGACCGGUUGUGAAGCUAGAUCCAAUUUACAGUGACAAAUGGUGAGUGGAAGGUUACUCACUUCAAUCCUACUCAUAAUCAUGAGCUUGCAAAGCCAGAAGAAAGGCCAUUUCUAAGGUCGAAUCGAAAAAUAACUGAUGCUCAAUUAGGUGUUAUAAAAACUUUCAAGGAAGCGGGUAUAAGAACAAUAAGUGCAUAUUCCUAUUUAGUUGAGGAAGCUGGAGGGUUUGAAAAUGUUGGAUUUAUAAAACGAGAUUGCUAUAAUGUGGUGAACAAGCAGAAGUUAAUCAAUGUUGAGGCUGGAGAUGCUCAAAGUUUAGUAAACCACUUUAAACAGAAGCAAGCAGAAGAUCCUAUGUUUUUUUAUGCAAUUCAAGUUGAUCAAGAAAAUCAAAUGACAAAUUUUUUUUGGGGAGAUGGUAGAUCAAGGAUUGAUUAUAACUCUUUUGGGGAUGUUAUAUGUUUUGACACAUAUUGAACUAACAAAUAUAAUAUGAUAUGUGCUCCAUUUGUAGGUGUCAACCAUCAUUGGAAGAAUGUACUUUUUGGCUGUGCAUUUUUAUUGGAUGAAACAACUGUUUCUUUUACUUGGUUGUUUGAAACAUUCUUAGAAUCAAUGGAAAAUAAAAAACCAAAGACAAUUUUUACUGACCAAUGUCAAGCAAUGAAGAAUGCUAUAAGAGUUGUGUUUCCUGAUACAUGUCAUCGCUUGUGCUUAUGGCAUAUCUCAAAAAAUGCUACAGAAAAUUUACCAAGGCAUUAUGGGAUUCCUGAAUUCAAGAGUAGAUUCAAUAAGAUUCUUUAUAAUUGUGAGACCGAAUCAGAGUUUGAGUCUUCUUGGGAUGCCUUACUUAGAGAUUACAAUUUGGUGGGCAAUAAGUGGCUUAACACUUUGUAUGAAAAUCGGGAAAGGUGGUGUUCAGUUUUUAGUCAUAACAUUUUCUCUGCAAGAAUGAAAGCUUCAUCAAGGAGUGAGAGUGUAAAUAAUGUUUUUCAACAUAUGGCAUGCAAAACAAUGAGGCUAACAGAAUUUGUACACGAGUAUGAGAAAGCUUCAAAAAAUAUGCGGGUAGAAGAGUUAGAAGAAGAUUUUCGUUGCAAACAAGGUACAUCUUCUCAAAUAGUCAAGAAUUGUGGACUUUUGGAACAUGCAUUAUCUGUUUAUACCCGUACAUUUUUCAAAAGAUUUGAGUUAGAAAUUGCUUCUACCUUGGGGGUCACACACCAAGAUGUGUAUUCUGAUGGAGAGUCUUUUACCUAUGAAGUUAUCGAAGGAGGUGGUCAUAGGGUUCGCGUUGUCCAAUUUAACUCCUCAAAUAAUGUUGUGACAUGUAGUUGUAAAAUGUUUGAAACAUUGGGGUUACUUUGUCGACAUGCUUUGCGAAUACUUAUUGUGAAAAAUGUCACAGAGCUGCCUAUUCAGUAUAUUUUGAAAAGAUGGACAAAAGAUGCAAAGAAAGAUAGUGUUUUAUGUGAUCAUGUAAAACCAGCAAGUGCAAAUGAUGAGUUGUCGGUGACUUCACGCCGUAACGAAUUAAUGCGCUCAGUUUAUGAAAUUUUCACAAAAAGUUCAGCUACAACUCGACAUACUGAAAUGUGCCAAAGAAAAGUAAGAGAGAUGAUAGAAUUAGUUGAAAACGAUAUGGAGCAGUUAAAUGCGGCUAGAGAUGGUGAUGAAAAAGAAAACAAGAUUGUUGCUAAUAAUGCCUUUGAUGAUGUUGAGAAGACUGAUUGCUCUCUCAAUAGUUUGCCAAUAUUAGAUCCCCCCUGUGUGCGACCGAAAGGAGUCACAAAUGCAAGACUCAAAAGCAACUUGGAGAAGCGUAAAAGGAAGCCAUUAAAAGAUGUCACAAGAUCAAAACAAUUGUCAACAAGAGGACUUCCAACAAGCUCUAGCCAUGCCCCUAAAGCUCCACAAUGUACAGGUCUUUGCCAGCCAAAUCACCCAUCUAGUGUACCCAUGGAUGAGAGUUAUAAUAAUCAAGUAUUCCUUCCUCCAGCCAUGCCAACAACCAUUAGUCCAACUCAUUUUCAACAUCCAAAUCAGAACCCAUUUUCCUAUUGGAGCAGUGCUUCUCCAAAUUUCAGCUCCACGAGUAUGCUUCAAAGUAAUGAUUUCUUGAAUCAUCUAAGUCAGAAUUCUUUCUCAAAUGGUUUUACACAACUAAAUCCUAGACAAAAAUGAUUUGACUUAGAAGUUAUUAUAUGAGUAUUCAACUUGGAAGAUUUUUGACAAGUUCUCAAGUUGGAAGAUUAACCAAGUAACUAAUGAUUAGAAGAGUGAAAGCUGUAGUAGUUAUUUUUGUAUUUCGAAGGCAAUGAAAAUAGGCCUAUUCAUAGGAAAUGUUAGAUUACAUUCCUUUUUGUAUAUUUUCUUUUGUUAUGCCUUCUCAUCCUCUAGUAAAAAAUUGUAUAGUGUUAGGAUAUUGUUGUUAGGAUACUGAUUGUAUGGUUAGUGUGUGCUUAGUUGUAACUGAUUGUAUGGUGCUUAAUGUGUGCUUGGUUGUAAUGUAACCUAAGGUGUUGUGUAGUUAAGUCUGUUAGUUAGUAGAUAGUGUUGAUGACGUGGAGUUAGUUAAGCGAGGAGGUGAUUGGUUACUGACAGCUCAUGAGAGUUUAUUGCAAUUGUAUAUAUCUGAUUUGAUGAAUGAGAAAGGGGUAAGAAGUUGUGGUGUGGACU